UUCACCUUCAACACUCCAAAGAAAUUUCCAUUCGGAGAAAAGAACAGUCGUGAACUGUUCAUCGAAUUUAUCAUGGGAAAAAUAACAAUAAUCAGAUUUUUCGUCUUGACGACGAUGUUGAUGAUGGCCAUUGCUGUCGAAUUGCCGAAUAAUUGGAAGAUAUGCGACAGAUCGCUACCACAAGAGGAAUAUAAUCAGUGCAUCGCCGAAGCUGUACGAGACGCUGUCGUUUCAUUAGCCGGAGGUUUGAAGAGCUUCAAAAUUCUGCCGAUUGAACCAUUGGCCGUGGACAGCGUGAAAAUUGGAGAAUCGCAAGGAUCGGUUACUUUGAGGCAAGAAUAUAAAAAUAUCAAGUUAUACGGACUUACGAAAAACCUUGAGAUCAAAAAUUACAACAUAGACUGGGAUAAAUGUCUACUGUCAUCGGAAUCGUACAAUCCUCAAGUAGAUUUCGUCGCCGAUUACAAAAUCGAAGGAAAAGUAUUGCUUUUACCUGUCAGAGGAGCGGGAAAAUCAAACAUAACUAUGUAUGAUUUAAAAUCACACAACGAGAUAUACUGUGAAAAAUACGAAAAGAACGGAGAAACUUACUUGAGAAUCAAGAAGCAUGCGGUGAAAUUCAAUCCUGCUAAAGUGAAGUUGAGAUUUGAAAACCUGUUCGAUGGCAAUAAGGAACUAGGAGAACAAAUGAAUCGUUUUAUAAAUGAAAAUUCCGAGUUACUUUUCAAAGAGCUCCAAGCUGCUUACGAAGAAACCUUCAGUCUAGUUUUUACCAAAAUCGACAACGAAAUUUUCAAUCGAGUGCCAUUCGAUAAAAUUUUCCCGUCAAAAUAGAUCGAAAUGAAUUUUUUUCGUCAGAAAAAAUCUUUUAUCAACGUAUAGUAUAAUAAAAUACGAUACAAAAAAAGAUAAUUUCGCAAUGUACCAAAAAUUUGUAUGAUUAGAAUUAUUUGUAUAUGAAAAAACUUUUUACAAAUUAUAUUCAAUUGUUAUUGUAAUAUUGUAAUAUAAAAUUCUCUUUUCUUUUUUUUUUCUUCUUUGUCUUUAAU